CCACGAUAAAGGUCAAGACACAGACGAGAGUGUACAGCUCCAGGAAGGAGACGGUGGAAACGCGGAUGAACAGACGGCCGUGGCGAUCGCCAGUGUACAACAGGCAGGAUUCGGAGACCACAGUAUCCAGUACCAGUUCCGGACGGAGAACAAUGGGGGACAGGUGACGUACCGGGUGGUGCAGGUGUCAGACGGACAGCUGGACGGGCAGUCGGACAGUGCGGGAGCUGUCAGCGUCGUCUCCUCCACCGCCUUCACCAGCAGCCAGCAGGCGGUGGCCCAGGCAGUGAUCCAGAAUCCGUUCAGCAAUGGCGGGAGCCCCUCGACGGAGUCGGUCGGUGGGGAGGCACGGUUUACCUACUUUCCAGCCUCAGCCGUGGCUGACGGAGCCACUGCGGUCGUGUCAGCCCAAGGGGACCCCUCUCUGGCCCAGGGCGGAGGACAGUUCUACGUGAUGAUGACGCCCCAGGACGUGCUACAGACGGGUUCACAGCGGACGAUCGCUCCACGUACACACACAUACUCGCCAAAAGAAGACUCUGAACUCAGCAACAUGAAGAUCGAUGGUCCGCGCACCCCGAGGGACGAGAGGAGGAGGGCACAGCACAAUGAAGUGGAGAGGCGGCGUAGGGACAAGAUCAACAACUGGAUCGUUCAACUUUCAAAGAUCAUACCCGACUGCAACGCAGACAACACAAAGACCGGACAGAGUAAAGGAGGGAUCCUCUCGAAAGCAUGCGACUACAUCCGGGAACUACGACAGACCAACCAGCGCAUGCAGGAGAGCUUCAAGGAGACGGAGCGGUUGCAGCUUGACAACGACAUGUUACGGCAGCAGAUCGAUGAGUUGAAGAAUGAGAACACGCUCCUCCGUGCCCAGCUACAGCAACAUGGGAUCGAGUUGGUGACUGAGGUUCCUCAGCAGUAGAACGGAUCCCCCUAUCUCCCUCCCCGACCCCAGCUCCCAGACAGAUCUCGGUUUUAUUCUUUUCUUUCACCUCCCGGGAACCUUGCUCCACGUCAUUUGCUGUUUUUGUAGUUUCCAGUAUACAGGCUGAGCAGCAUCAAGAGGCAGUUCUGAGUGAACGGGUAGGCAGGGGUGGGGCGUAUGUCUGCGCGUGUGUGCGUGCGUGCGUGUGUGUGUGUAUGAGAGUGAGAGAGGAAGGGUGGAAAGAUUAAAUUUAAGGACUUGUGUAUAUUUAGUACGAAUAAUGCGAAUGUUAUAUACUCAAUAAACUGAGACAGCCAAUGGUUGUGCUCUUUAUUGCC